AUGGCAGAUUAAGCUCCAUUAGAAAUUUCUGAGCUAUUUAUUAGCUACGAAGAAGAUUUUUAAAAUAUAAUAUAGACAUUAAAUUAGAGAUAUAAGCAGUUUAAAAAUAACUAAUUAGAUUUUAAGGAAGAUUUGUAAAAUGUUAAGAAUUCUAUUAAAGAAGCAGAGAAUUGUGUAAAAUAAAUGGAAUUCGAGAUAAAUUGUCUUCCUAAUAGCAUUAAAAAGAAUUAUACUACAAUAGUUAGCAAAUAUAGAUAAGAUUAUGAUGAUGUUUUCAAGAAAUAUUCUUAAUUACAAGUUGAAAAAUCUAUUUAUCAAAAUAAUACAGAAAGAAGUAUAUUAAUUCAGUAAGGUAAUAAUAUUUGUGAGUAAGGCUAAAUGCUUAAUGAUAUUGAGUAGCUAGCUGGUGAAACAGAGUAGAUUGUUGAUGAAGUUUCCACGAGAUUACUUGGAGAUAGGCAAGUCAUUAAAAAGAAUAUUGAUAAAUCUAAGGAUAUAUAAGAUGAGUUAAGGAAAGCAGACUUAGUUAUGUCUGUAAUGAAUAGAACAAUCGUAGUCAAUAGAACUGUCAUUUAUUUUAUUAUCAUAAUUCUAUUUGUAUUAAAUUUGCUUGUACUUUAUUUAAAAUUAUGA